AUGAUUGUGGGAGCCAUGUCUACGGUGCCGAUCAAUGAUAUAAGGAGGGCCCAACGAGCAGAGGGUCCCGCCACGGUGCUGGCCAUUGGCACAGCCACGCCACCGAACGAGGUGAUGCAGGCGGACUACCCCGACUACUACUUUAGGAUCACAAACAGCGAGCACAUGACUGACCUUAAAAAGAAGUUCAAGCGAAUGUGUGAUAAAUCGAUGAUCCGAAAACGUCAUUUGUACCUGACUGAGGACAUGCUCAUUGAAAAUCCAGACAUGUGUACCUCCAUGGCACCUACCCUCAAUGCCCGCCAAGACAUAGUCAUUAUCGAGGUCCCUAAGCUAGGUAAGGAAGCAGCAGCCAAGGCCAUCAAGGAAUGGGGACAACCAAAAUCUAAGAUCACCCACGUAGUCUUCUGCGCCAUGGGCGGCGUCGACAUGCCUGGAGCUGAUUAUCAGCUCACCAAGCUCCUCGGCCUCCGUCCAUCUGUCAAACGAUACAUGAUGUACCAAAUAGGCUGCUUUGCUGGUGGCACAGUCCUCCGCCUUGCAAAAGACCUAGCAGAAAACAAUGCUGGUGCACGCGUUCUUGUUGUGUGCUCUGAGAUCACCUUCGCCACCUUCCGUGGCCCAUCUGACACCUACAUCGACGGUCUUGUUGGUCAAGCACUCUUCGGAGACGGUGCCGCUGCAGUGAUUAUCGGAGCUGAUCCUAACUCAGCCGAACGACCGCUCUUCCAAUUUGUGUCAGCUGCACAAACCAUACUACCUGAUUCAGAUGGUGCAAUCAAUGGCCAUUUACGCGAGGCGGGCCUAACAUUCCAUCUGCUUAAGGACGUUCCAGGGAUCAUAUCGAAGAAUAUCGAAAAGAGCCUAGUGGAGGCAUUCGAGCCACUCGGCAUCAAUGACUGGAAUUCGAUCUUUUGGAUUGCGCACCCAGGUGGGCCAGCAAUCCUUGAUCAAGUGGAGAUGAAAUUGAAUCUGAAGACGGAGAAGUUAAGGGCCACAAGGCAUGUGCUAAGCGAGUAUGGGAACAUGGCGAGUGCGUGUGUGCUAUUUAUUUUGGAUGAGAUGAGGAGGAAGUCUGUAGAGGAAGGGAAGGCAACGACUGGAGAGGGACUGGAUUGGGGUGUGUUGUUUGGGUUUGGGCCUGGCCUGACUGUUGAGACUGUGGUCUUGCAUAGCCUUCCUAUAACUGUAGACCACUAAGAUGUGGGUUUGGUC